GUCAAGUGUCAAUGUCAAUAAUUUUUCUGAAUAGGUUGGAUAAUCAGGCGAAGAUAAUUGUAUAUUUUAAGACUAUUUGAGAAAACAUCAUGCUUAAGGCCAUUACCACGGCAACGAGGUUGUCUAAAACCUCUAUUACAAGAAGUCUUCCUGCUUUAUCCAUUGGAUCAUCACGUUAUGCCUCGGAUCAAAAUCCAAUGAACAGGAAAGAGGCCCCAAAGAUCGAUACCGAAACUGUAAUUGCGCUACCGGAAGAAGCAAGGGAGAAAAAGGUCUAUGAAUCUAGCAUUUGCGUCCCAACCAAGGUUGACCUAACACCAAUAACAGGUGUCCCAGAAGAACAUGUCAGAACGCGUAGAGUUCGCAUUUACCAGCCCCCAAAGAAUGCCAUGCAGAGUGGUACAAACAACAUCCACCACUGGGAAAUGGAGUUUGACACUAGACAGCGCUGGGAAAACCCUCUGAUGGGAUGGACAUCGUCUGGUGAUCCACUAUCCAACAUGAAAAUUCAGUUCACCUCCCCCGAUGAAGCUAUUGAGCAUUGCGAAAAGAAUGGCUGGAUGUGGUACAUAGAUGUUCCAAAAAUUGAGAAGCAGUUCAGGCCUAAGAGCUAUGGGGUUAAUUUCUCAUGGAAUCGCCGCACAAGGGUAUCUACCAAAUAGAGGGUUAUAGGAAUUUUUUGAACCUGAAUACAGAAUAUUAGUUA